AUGACCAUGGUACCCAGUUCCAACCAUGUCCCUAUGGGCGCAUCAGCUGCUGUUCUACAGCCUUCUGAUCCCAUCCCUGAAACUGCCGUUUCUGUUCAAGGACCAAAUUUCGAGCAAAAUCUGUCAUUACAAGAUUUCCUCAAGUCUUAUGAGCGGAUUGGAUUUCAAGCAAACAGCCUUGGAAAGGCUAUAGAUAUCGUCAAUCGUAUGCGAAAAUGGCGCUUAUCUGACGAGCCUCUGGCCGAAGAUGAAUCUGAAGAUUACACCGCCCCGGAAGUCAGAGCUUCGACACGGUGCAAUAUAUUUCUUGGUUACACCUCAAACCUCAUAUCAUCCGGACUUCGCGAAAUAAUCCUUUACCUCGUCAAGCAUAAACAUGUCGCGGCGAUUGUUACAACUGCUGGUGGUAUCGAGGAGGAUUUCAUUAAAUGUCUAGGCAAGACUUAUCUAGCCGACUUCAACAUGGAUGGCGCAGACCUUCGGAAAAGGGGAAUGAACCGUAUAGGGAAUCUUAUCGUGCCCAACGAUAACUAUUGCAAGUUUGAAGAUUGGCUCACCCCGAUUCUCGACUCUAUGCUGUUGGAGCAGCAAACUAGCGGACAAGUCUGGACCCCUAGUUCCUUCAUACGACGGCUGGGAAAAGAAAUUAACAACGAAGAAUCAGUGUAUUAUUGGGCUUAUAAAAACGACACUCCCGUCUUUUGCCCUGCCCUAACUGAUGGGUCCUUGGGAGACAUGAUUUAUUUCCACUCUUUCCGCACUCCCGGGUUGGUCGUCGACAUCGUGGGCGACAUACGUGCCUUAAAUGAAAUGUCAAGAAAAUCGCGGAAAGCAGGCAUGAUCAUCCUUGGCGGGGGUGUAUGUAAGCACCAAAUAGCUAACGCCAUGCUAAUUCGUAAUGGCGCCGACUAUUCGGUUUUCAUAAAUACAGGUCAAGAGUUCGAUGGUUCGGACUCUGGAGCUCGCCCUGACGAAGCUGUUUCUUGGGGGAAAAUUCGUGCUGGCGCAGAAUCUGUGAAGGUUUUCGCUGAUGCUACAUUAGUAUUCCCCAUGUUGGUUGCUGCGACAUUUGCACAAGAGUCAUCAGGCCAAUAA